ACAUCUUUGCUCUACAUAUUUAUAACAGAUAGGAAGAACAACUUUAGAUCCUUCACUCUUUGUGACAAUUUUCAUUUUCAUGACAGCCACUCUUUCUACUCGUUGUGGGAGAAUUUGAAUCUCGGCGUCGGUUACACGAAGAUGUGUAAUAGCAAGUACAGCGGGUUGCAAACUCAAGUGGAACAAGAAAAGAGAGAUAUACCUUCCUUGUUAGAUCUAAAGAAGGCUAUACCUUCUCACUGUUUCAAGCCAUCUCUUGCAAUUAGUCUGUAUUAUGUUUUCAAGGAUAUUUUCUUGGUCAUUUUGUUUCUUUUUAUUGCCAUUCUGUUUUAUGAUUCUCCUUUGUAUUUUCUUAUCUUGCCACUUUAUUGGUUUGGUCAAGGAACAAUGUUCUGGGCAAUCUUUGUUUUGGGACACGACUGUGGACAUGGCUCAUUUUCUGCAUAUCCCGCUAUCAAUAACGUAGUUGGUCACCUGCUUCAUUCUGCUAUUCUAGUUCCGUUCCAUCCUUGGAGAAUUUCCCAUAGAAAGCACCACAAGAACACAGGGAACUAUGAAAAGGACGAAAUCUUCUAUCCUAUGUCUGAAGAUGAAUAUCGCAGUGUUCCUCGACUGUCACGUUGGGUCUAUUCUAAUACAUUUUUCAUGUUUUGUUUUGGUUUUCCAAUUUAUCUUAUUCGUGGUUAUGGUGGUAAAAUGAAACACGCUUCGCAUUUUUCUUCAAGUUCGGAAUUGUUUAAGAAAGAAGAGCGCGAACUGGUGAAAACUUCAGUUUUCAGUAUUCUGGCUGUGAUAGGAUUGUUGACUAGUGGCAUCUUCCAUUUUGGUUUUUGGAAUAUUGUUUGUUUCUAUGGAAUUCCCUACUUAGUAUUUUGUUCAUGGCUGUUGGUUGUUACGUUUUUACAUCACACUGCACCUGGCGCACAGUGGUAUGAUCAAUCUUCUUGGUCUUAUGUACUUGGAAAUUUGCAGUGCGUGAAUCGUGUCUAUGGAUGGAUAGAGCCUAUUCAUCAUAACAUCGGUUGUCACACUGUCCAUCACUUGUUUCCAGCAAUUCCCCACUAUAGGUUGAGAGAAGCAGAUUUGGCUUUGGCACCUAUACUGGGUAGUUAUCGGAAGGAAGAUAACUGCAGUACAAUUUCUUCGCUAUGGAAGUCAUUUCGAAUUUGGUCUCGAAAUCACGUCAUUCCUGACAAUACCAAAGUUUUUGUCUUACCUGCAGAGUAAUAGAUAAGUUUUGAUAGAAUUUUGGACAAGGUUUUGGUCAAGAGUGUAUGUUGUGUUAAGUUAGAAUAGAAAAAGAGAAUAUUGGAUUGUUUUCUCAAGUUUUUUUUACUUCUUUCUUAAUGAAAGAUUGAAGUAUAAAUGGAAUUUUGGUUUGAAAACUUGUGAAAUGCUGUUCGAAUAAGGAAUCUUCAGUAUGCCCAACUAUCAUGUUUCAAAUAGAUAGUUCGCCCAAAAUAGGAACUAUAACUUGGAUUAACAGACUAAGUUUCUCGUCUCUCUUCAAUAAGAACCAUUUCUGCUGCUAGACAAUUCGAAAAGACGAAGUCAUCUUCUAUUUGAACUAAAUAUAGAAAACGAUUCCUGUUUCGUGAAGACUUCGUUAUUCAAGUUACUAAAAUAUGCAAUUAUCCCGGUUUCAUUCCACUUGAAGACAUCAUAGCAACAUAAUUAUAAGAUGAAUUCAAUAAAUAUAUCCAGAGGAACGCGUCAUAACGUAUAAGUCAAUAUUUUAGAACACGAGCUAUUACGAACAUACAAAGUAUGGUAUUCUACUGUCCCAUUUCUUUCCCUAUUCGGAACAACAACAACGUAGAAAAAGUUUUGAAACUUACAACUCCUCCAUAUAUUGUCAAUUAGUCUUCAUAAAUACUUCGCUCUCGUU